CUGUUAAUGAAAAAGUGUACCAAUAAUCUAAUCAAUGAGUAUCUAUUUAAUCACAAAGCUCAUCUAUUUAUUUAUUUAUUGACAUUUGAAAGUAAUUUCUUAUAUUUAUUCUAGCUAAUUAAUGCUUAGGAAUUUGGAUGCUCAAACUGGGCUAUCGUAGAAGAAGAGAAAAAAAUAAUAGUGCUCAAAUAGUCAUUUUGCUCAACUUUAAAGGCCAAAAAUCCAAUUGACCCCAAAAUAAAUAUUUACUAGUUUAGCCCCUUAAGAAUUAACAUAUUCUGAUCUCCCUAGACCUUGAAUGAAUAUAUACAACUCUCAGCCGAACUUUCGUUACCGUUUAAAUCUUACAGCUACUGAUCGGAUUCAAGAAAUAUUUUGGAGGGAUCGAAUUGAAAGAACCCUUUGAGCAAACUUCAAUCUCUUCUUCGCGGUUUACAUCUUUUUGCUGCUCCGAAUGGAACCAAUUCAGAGGAUAUAAGCCUAGACUCUUGUUCUGGCUUUAUGUUGAGGAGGGCGUUUAAGUUAAAUUGUUGUAGAAACUGAUGUCCAGAAAGAUGAGAGUGUGCAGUGGAUGGAAGAGACUUCUUUUCUGUUUACCUUUGGUUUUUCUCUUGCCGCAUUUGAUCUCAGUUUCGAAGCUUCAGCAGCAGAUCACUUCACCAGAUUUGCAUACAAAUAAACCCCAAAAAUCCAAUCAUCUUAUUUUGGGACCUGCCGCCGGUGUGGGUUUGGCUGAUCGUCUGCAAUGUCAAGGGAUCAGGGCGCUUAAUCGGACUCAAUUUUCUUCAUUCACAGACGCUUCAACUUACAGAGACCGAAUUUCCUUUGUAACUGUUUUUACCAUGUACAACUCGAGUGUCAAUGGACAAAACAGUGAGAAAUUCAGGCACUUAGUUACCAUCGGGAACACUUCAUACAACAAGGUCGAAAGAUCAUUGGCCAUUUUGGAUGUCUUCAUCAAUUUCAUUCAGGUGAGCGUUCCUCGGAGCAACAUUAUCAUUCUUACUGAUCCAUCCUCAGAGCUCCCAGUGCAUAGAGAUAGGGUUGUAAUGAACCCCAUUCAAGGUGAAUAUUCCAGAGACAAGUUGAUGCUUCAAAGAAUCAGGUCUUACAUUGCCUUUCUUGAAACAAAGCUUGAAGAAAACUCUCAGGUGCAAGGAUCGAAGAAUCACUACAUUUUCACUGAUUCAGAUAUGGCCGUGGUUGGUGAUCUGGGUCAAUUCUUUCAUGACUUCCCAAAUUUUCAUCUGGCUCUCACCUUCCGGAACAACAAAGAACAACCUCUAAAUUCUGGAUUCAUAGCAGUUAGAGGAACUGCUGAGGGAAUGACUAGGGCAAAGGCAUUCCUGCAGGAGGUACUCAAAGUUUAUUCUUCAAAGUUCAUGAAAGCUUCCCGUAUGCUUGGAGAUCAAUUAGCACUUGCCUGGGUUGUGAAAUCUGAACCUUCCUUUGAUGCAAGAAUGUUCACGAAGAAGCAUCCCUUUCUUCACGAAGUCAGUGGGGCUUCAGUGUUAUUUUUGCCAUGUGCUAUUUAUAACUGGACACCUCCGGAGGGUGCUGGCCAAUUUCACGGGAUGCCCUUGGAUGUCAAGGUACUGUCGAGCUAAAGUUUUAUUUUUACCCAAAGAUUUAAUCAACAAGAUUGUCCCCUCAUGAAUGUAACAAACAACUUCUGUCCUAGAAAAGAUGCUGAAAGUCUGUCCUAGAGUGAAGAAAUCUAACCUUCACUCUUAUAGUUUAUAAGAUUUCUAGUCAUUCAUUAGUUAGGUCUUUUUCUCGUCAAAUCUUCAACAUGUAACCGACACAUGCUGAAUGAUUUAGUCAUUUCGCGGAAAGGGAGUUUUGUUUGAAGUUUUCAGAAUAAGAAUGGAUCUUUAAAAGUAAGGGACUGAUCGAAUGUACUCCCUCCGUCCCAGAAAAGUAGUUCAUUUUGUUGUACCAUUUUAGUUCAACAAAAUGUACUUUUCCUCUGGGUCAGAGGGACAGAUUUCACUUUAUGUGAGGAACAAUUUUGUUGAUUUAACUCUUAAACUAUAAUACUGAAAAAGGUGAAAUAUAAUGUUUAUCAUUCGUCACACGUUUGUUGUCUAAUUCUGGAUUUUGUUCAUGAAAUUUAUUGUGGAGGCAGGUGGUACAUUUCAAGGGAUCAAGAAAAAGACUAAUGCUCGAGGCUUGGAAUUUUUUGAAAUCUUCAUCAGAUAAUGACAUCUCUGAUAUGUUGUGCCUGGUUCUGAGCAGUGGAAGGACCAAAUAUGAUUUCUAAGUCAUAAUUCCCAGAAUUUUAAGCGUCAGAAUUUCAUCUUCUCAUUAGUAAAUCCAGUCAAGGAGAAGAAGUUGACGCCUUUGCUUCUGGGGAAUGAGUGAAGUUUCCAUGCUACCAGAACCACUGGUUACAACCUGGCUUACAAAGACUGUUUCUGGGUUCCCCUUGAUCUACUCAAUUGGAAUAGCAAUAGUCAAUGAUUCUAAGCGAAAUGGAACAUUACCCCUGCCCAUCGCCUUUGAGAAUUUGGUCCGGUUAUGAUUUUAGGGUUAGCCUCCACAUUUUGUGCAGAGCAGAUUGUUGAUGCAUUAGCGAUAGAUCAUAGUCAAUUAUCAUCUGUUACUUCAUGUUCAUGUUCAUGCCCCUUCCAUUAGGACAAGAAAUACCGUUUUUUCUUUUUCUUCUUUUUUUUUCUUUAGGACAAGAAAUACCUUGUGUAAGAAGACCUUGGGGGUUUUAAAAGAUUGAAUUUGACCUUAUAGUUCAUUCUAAACUGUUUUACAGACAAGUAUCCUUUAUGGCAAGAGGGAGUAUG